AUGCACACUGCUUUAGCCAUCAAAGCUUAUAUUUACAGGAAAACACUCUAUACAAAUUGGUUGAUCUCUUAUUUAUCAGAUUCUAUAAUUGGUAUUGUAUUGGAAAAACAUCGUGAUGUCGUUCUUGUGACAGGAGGAACCCAAGGUUUAGGUAGACAAAUUGUUUUGGAGUUUUUGAAGAGAGGUGUUCAAAGAAUUGUUGUAUUUGAUAUUAAAGAACCAGCUGAAAAGCAUAGAUUGGAUGGUGUUUAUUAUUAUCAAUGUGAUGUUAGUGAUAAAAAUGAAGUUUUGGAAAUGAGCGAAAAGGUUAAAAGUCAAAUUGGUAUCGUUACUGUUGUGAUCAAUAAUGCUGGUAUAACUUCUGGGAAAUCAUUUAUUGAUUUAUCCUUGGAGGAAAUUGAAAAAAUCAUACAAGUUAACUUGAUGUCAAAUUUUUAUAUUAAUAAGGCAUUUUUACCUGAUAUGUUAGAUUUAAAAAGGGGAUAUAUUAUAACUGUUGCUUCUGUAUUAGGAUAUAUGUCACCAUCAAACUUGGGUAUGUAUUUUCUUAAAUUUUAUUUUAGAUGA